AGAAAACCAGCAAAGAAGAAUUCCCGUUUGUGUGUUUUGCCUUAAACUGCACUUUUUGGGCGUUUGCGUGAACGUUUCCAAGGUUGCGAGGUGCCUCCAUUUUUUUGUGUGUCACCCGCUACACUAAGUAUUUGAUUGAAACGCCUCGCCAGGAUGUAUGCCAACCGCACGGAGGGACGCCCCACUUCUUGUUUUACAGCCUAACAUUGCGGUGUGGCAGGCAGACAGGCAGCGUCUUCUGGAGCGUACGGUGAAAAACAAAGAGGGAUGGGUUUGUUUGAAGAGGAGAAAGGCGCCGAACUAGGAAGAAUGAGGCUCCCCUUUCCCUGCUCAAAUUGAUGUUGGUGGCGGGUUACAGCAAACUCGCAUCUUCAUGACGACUCAUGGAUGUGGAAAAACGUCAUGAAAAACAAAUGCAUUUAUGUCCGGUAAAUUUUGUCAAGCCGAUGAGCUUAGUCAUGGAUGAUCAUUUAUCACAGCCUCAUCGACGCAGCUCUCCGAAGAGGGUGUCGACCAAAAGCAAAGCCCCAUCCCCACCGGGACUGAAGAAUUUGGAUUCCUCUGAUUUCUCGCAGUGGUAUCCAGGAAACGCUCCUUUCACCAUGGACCAUAAGGAGAAGCUUGUCGAUAAAGAUCUCUCGCUGGUAGUUGUUUUGCCCGACGGUGCGGAAAAGAUGACCACAGUACAUGGGAGCAAGCCGCUAAUGGAUCUGUUAGUGACUCUGUGCGCAACGUAUCACCUCAACCCAUCAAGUUACACCUUGGAACUGAUCACGGCUGGCCGGCGCAAUGUCAAACUCAAGCCCAGCGCUCUCAUCGGAACCUUGGACGUGGAGAAGAUCUUCCUUAAACCUAAAGGAGAUGAUAAAAAUAAGAAGACUGGUCCUCAAAAGCCUGAGGUCACUGUUCGCAUGGUGAUAAACUACAAGAAGACCCAGAAAGCAAUUUUACGAGUCAACCCUCAGGCCCCCCUGACUGAACUUUUACCGGCAAUCUGUGAGAAAUGUGAAUUUGCAGAGGAAACAACCAUUUUGUUGAGGGAUGUGCAAUCACUGGCCCCUUUGGACUUGUCCUGCUCCCUUAACGAUUAUGCAAUCAGGGAGCUUUACGCAAGAGAUACAAGAGGGCACUCUGACUCUCCCGCGUGUCCAGUCUCACCCACACAUUCAGUUGCGGUGAUGCCCGGAAAGGACAAGAAUCAGAAAGAAAAAGAAAACAAGGGCCUCUUCAGCAAGUUUAGAAAAAGCAAAAAAUCUGCUGAGCAGGCCACGACGGUCAGUGCCCCGGCUUCCCCGGUUCUGGUGAGCAAGCCUCGACCGCUCAGCAUGGCCUUGCCCGGUGGCUACUGCUCGCCUCCGCUGAUGUCUCCCACCUCGCCCGUCGGCGAUGCGCCCAAGAAGAGACGGGCGCCUGAGCCCCCCAUCGUUGUGUCUCAAAGCUGCCACGCAGAGCUCAGCGCCCGCCAGAGCCUCUCCUCCGAGCCAACCACCCCAGUCGACUGUGAGGUUUCUGGAUUAAGUCGCGGCUCAUCUGCAGAGUCUUCACUGAAGAGAACCAAGCGCAAGGCUCCACAACCGCCGACACCCCCGAGCAGCGCUGUCCCGGAAACUGAGCCUCCUCAAGAAAACCUGCAAGAGUCUGCAGGCACCAAAACACUGGAGGAGAUCAUGGAGGAGACCUCAGCAGCUGCCAGCGAGAUCCAGGAAGAAGACCUCAUUGUCAGCUGUGGGGAUGAUCAGUUUUGUGAUCUAUCCUCAGAUGGCAAUCAGUCACAGAGCCCCGCAAAAGAUUUGGUUAGUAUUCAGACCGAUGAGAGGACGCCGGCUAGCACCGAUUCCUAUCAACUGGAGGAGAUGGCCUUGUGUCAACUUGAAAGUGAAUUUGGUCACCCCUCCAGUGAUGUAACAAGUGACCUCCAGUCGUGCCUGCAAAAUCCAGAAGAGAGCCAGGCUGCCUCUGUUCACGGAGACGUCGCCGCCCCCCAGGAGGCGUCGCUUAGCUCGGAGGCGAGCGCCACGUCCCGUCCCGCUGGGGAGGACGCUCAGGUGCAAACCGAUUUCCCAGCUCCCCUUGAGCCGCCGCCUCAGCAACAGGUAUGCGCGGAUGAUCAAGUUCCGCCCUCCGCCAAGGAACCUGGUUUGGAAUCUACGGAAGGCGAGAAGAAGGAUAUCGCCACUUCAACGGAUGAGCAGCUACACGCCGACCUCAAAUGUAGCCAAGCAACAGAGACGUGCCAAACUCUGGCCGCGUCCGACGCCGCCUCGCGUCCUGAGCUGAAGCCGAAGCCUUCCAAAGAGUUAACCAGAAAUUACAUCCCCAAGGUGGGGAUGACGACAUACACCGUGGUGCCUCCGAAAUCCAACGAGAAGCUGAGAUAUUUUGAAGUGGCGUUGACACUGGAGGUGCCCCCCGUUGCCACGGACGACGUUGGCGAGCACUCAAAUUCCCCCGGGGACCAAAUACUGAGCAGCACUACUAGUACCGCAGCAAACACUGUCAACGGAUGCCUCGCUGAAGCCACUCAUGCUUCAUCGCCAAGCAGCUCGCCGAAAGCAGAUGACGGGUUCCCCUCCACUCAAGCACGUUUGCCAGGAGAGGACAAGGCAACUAAAAUUCCGCCCGCUACGAAACCAAAGCCGGGAUCUUUCCGCUUGUCGCAGCACAAAAGGCCACCGGGGUAUUAUGUAACGUCGGCAGCAGAGAAGAACCCCGGUGCCUGUUCCUCUCCUGGCCACAUGGGGGACCAAGUCGACCGAGCAAUGUUGCCACCGCCUCCUCCUGACCCUCCCGUGCAGGGGGACACCGAAGCGCCCGCUGUGCGUGUGACAAGGCAGAGCAGCCUGCCGGCUAAAGAACCCGGCUACGGCCUAAGCUUGGAGAAGCUGAGGACCUUUGCGGCCCCCCGGCCUUUUACCCCCUCCAUGCCAUCCCGCUUCGCCCAGGCCGUGUCGUCGGCCGUGCAGCGCAGCCACUCGCUGACCCACAGCCCCAAAUCACACAGCUCGGCGGCCGCACACUGUUCUCCUGCUGCAAAUCGCUACUCGCUCAUCGAGCAAAAUGUAGGCGGGAAGUUCAAGGCCGAUGAGGAGGUGAAUGACAAAAGUUCCCCGCCAGAUGUCAAAGAUCAACCGACGUCGUCGAGUGAGCUCACAGACUCACCGCUAUCAGUGCCUUAUGACAAAAUCUGAUCUACUGAGGGAAGCAUCCUGUUUUUCUGGCAUGAGAGCCGAGCAUUCUUUUUUUUGAUUGGCAGCGUGUACAUAGAUUUAAUGUAUUAAUUGCUGUAUUUGGGUUCAUUUGCUCACAUUUCAAUAACAGCCUUGGUUGACUUGCGUAAUUUAAUGUCUUUUAUUUUGUGCCAUGUGCUGUCAUGCAUUAAAUGCAUCACUGUUUUUGCCUGGACCAGGUUAUGAAACGAGAGCAAUUCUAUAAAUUGUAAAGAGGAUUUUCAGAGUUAUAAUAAUAUCAUUUUAUGAUGAUUUAUUUUGAAUGGUAUCUACAUAACGAUUUAUAAUUUAGGGAAAGACCAGGUCUGACUUGUGGUACUGAACGCCUCUUGUUUGCGUUGUUCAUAUUUAAAAUGUAUGAGUUUUCAUAUGUUGAUGUUAAAUAAACCUUAACUACGCACGUGGCUGUAGUCAAA